GAGACAGUUUGAUGGUAGUGGUCGUAGAAUCCGAGGUAACAGUUUUGUGAGACAAAGUUAUGUUACACCUAAUUACAGGAGCAGUAGAACUGGGGGCAAUGGGGUGUACCAAAAUAGAACCAGUUUCACAAAUAGAGAUCAAGGUCCACCAGUAAGGUAUAGGUGACUGAGUAGUCCUCGUAAUGUUCAAAAUUGUGGAAAUUGUACUUUAGGGAAAGGAGAUGAGUAUUUUUCCCCAUGUAAGAGAGAAACUUUUUCAUAUGUUGAUAAGUCAUUACGUGAUAAGUCUGUUGGUAAGCUGAAGUUUGAAAAGGGAAGAGUAAAUGGGAUAAGUGUGUCUGUUUUGAAAGAUUCUGGUUCGAGUGUUAUAGGAAUUAGAAGUUCAUUAGUUGGUGAGAAAGACAUGAUUCCUGGUACUUACAAAUUAAAGCUUGUCGAUGGGACAGUCAGGGAUUACCCAUUGGCGUGUGUAAGUAUUGAGUCGGAUUACAUUGUUGGGAAAUAUGUGGUUGCUUGUUUUAAAGAUCCUGUUGCAGAUUUGAUUCUUGGGAAUGUUGAUAUUAAUGUGAGUCAGGAGUUUGAUUGCGCAGCAGUAACUAGGUCAGCGAAAGAUAGAGAGAAUGAUAGUGGCCCUGUAAAUGAGUGUGGAAUAUUGCAAGAUUGUUGUGAUGUUUUAGGUACGAGUGAUGAUUUUUUACGUGAACAGCUGAGUGAUCCGUCUUUAAAAGAUCUAUGGGGGCGACAUGUGGACAAUUGUGUAGAUAAUAAAAAGAAUGGAAGUGUGGAAUAUAAAGUGUUUGAUAGACUAUUGUACAGAGUAUUUAGGGGAGAGUUUGGUGAGGAAGAAAGACAGUUAGUUGUACCCUCAGCUAAGAGAGAAAUUGUGUUGAAAACUACUCAUGAGAGUAUAUUAGCAGGGCAUUUGUCAUUAAGAAAGACUGAAAGUAAAAUAUACAAAUAUUUUUUCUGGCAAGGUUUAGAUAAAGACAUAAAAGAGUUUGUGAGGUCGUGUGAUAUUUGUCAGAAAGCUAGAGUGCCGCGUCGUUGUGACAGAGUGGAGCUAGGCCAAAUGAAUGUUGUUACCACUCCGUUUUACAAAGUUGCUACAGAUAUUAUUGGGCCAUUGGAGAUAACUGACAAUAAGAAUAGGUAUAUUUUGACAGUGGUAGAUGUCGCUACCAGAUGGCCAGAAGCGAUACCUCUGAGGAAUAUAAAUACAGAAACAGUUAUUGAGGCACUAACUAAUAUUUUUUGUAGAAUAGGGCUACCUAUAGAAAUAUUAAGUGAUCAAGGCCCCCAGUUUACUUCCGAAUUGUACAAACAGGUGUGCGAAUUUUUCUCAGUUAAACCCGUGCACUCCACUAUAUACCACCCCAGCUCUAAUGGUAUGAUAGAAAGGCUCAAUUCUACUUUAAAAUCCUUUUUAAGUAAAGUAUGUCAGGAUAGCCCUCAUGAUUGGGACCGGAAAGUUAGUGCAGCAUUGUUCGCCUACCGAGAGGUACCUAAUGAGACAACGGGGUUGUCGCCAUUUGAGCUUGUCUAUGGAAGACAAAUGAGAGGCCCACUGGCUAUUUUGAAGCAAGUAUUUGUAAAUGCUGAAGAAGAAACUGAAUAUAAGAAUGUGUUCACUUGUUUAGUGGACUUAAAACAAAGAUUAUCAGAGGUGACUUCUAUUGCUAAAUCUAACAGCGAUGCAAACAAAAAGAAGUACAAGAUGCAAUAUGACAAAUAUUCGUCUAGACGAGACAUUAAUGAGGGUGACUGUGUUUUAGUCCUCAAGCCACACAGAGACAAUAAGCUGUCCGUGUUUUGGCAAGGCCCGUAUAAGGUGGUGAAUAAAAUAUCAAAGUUCAAUUACGUUGUUGAGAAAGAAAAUAAGAUAAAGGUGUAUCACAUAAACCGACUCAUGAAAUAUCACUGUAGGGUAAAGGAAGUAAGCAAUUCAAACGUUGAAACUGAGGAUACAAAUGAACUUUUAUCAGCUAACAUGGUAUCAGUUGUGGGGGAAGAAGUUGAUGAGCAGGAUGGGGAGAAUGAAGAUGUAAUUGCUAACAUCCCAACGCUAGAGAUUAGGUCGGAAGAAAUGAGUGGCGGGAAUGUGUUGACGCAGGUCAAAAUUAAUCCCGAUUUGAAUGCUAUACAAAAGAAGCAAGUUGAUGACAUUUUGAGUGAAUUUAAAGACAUAAUAUCUGAUAUUCCUGGUAGAGCCAAGGUCGAAGAGUUUAAAAUUAAAUUGGUUGAUACGAAACCUGUGACUUUAAAACCAUAUGCGGUACCUAUCCACUUAAGAGAUAAAGUUAAGCAAGAGAUUGACAGCAUGUUGGAUUUGGGAAUUAUAGGGCCAACAGACUCUCCCUAUGCAGCACCCGUUGUUAUAAUAAAAAAGAAAGACGGAACUUUGCGACCUUGUAUUGAUUUUAGAAAAUUAAAUAAUGUUACUGAAAUACCCGCUGAGGUAAUUCCCGAACAAGAAGAUUUGUUCAACAUGCUAUAUAAAGCUAAGUACUUUACGUUACUGGAUCUGACUAAGGGUUACUGGCAAAUUCCAAUUUGUGAAACAAGCAAACCAUUUACAGCAUUUAGAGUUUUGGGAGAACAUUAUAUGUUCCAUUAUUUACCCUUUGGAUUAAGCGGUGCUCCUAAUCACUUUAACAAGAUUGUUAAGCGCAUGUUAAGAGGUUUAGAAAAUGUAUUGUUUUAUUUCGAUGACAUUUGUAUUUUCAGUGAGGACUGGGACAGACACAUUGAAAGUGUUCGUAAUGUAUUUAGUGCUUUAAGAAAGAAUGGAUUUACAUUAAAACCCGCCAAAUUGGAGGUGGGCUUUACUAAUGUAAAAUUUCUAGGUCAUAGUGUCGGACAGGGAGUUGUCAAACCUGAUCAUAGUAAUGUGAAAAAGAUUUUGGAAUUUAAGACUCCAAGUACAAAAAAGGAACUUCGUGGUUUGAUUGGGUUAAUUAACUACUACAGUAGGUUUAUACCAAAACACGCGGAUUUAGUUUUUCCUUUUACGGAAUUAUUACGUCGUGGAAAAUCCAUGAGAGUCGACUGGAGCUGUGAGUGUGCGGAGGCAUUGAAGAGAGUGCAGGCCUGUCUGUGUAAGUAUCCAUGAGAAUCGACUGGAGCUGUGAGUGUGCGAAGACAUUGAAGAGAGUACAGGCCUGUCUAUGUAAGUAUCCAUGAGAGUCGACUGGAGCUGUGAGUGUGCGAAGACAUUGAAGAGAGUACAGGCCUGUCUGUGUAAGUAUCCAUGAGAGUCGACUGGAGCUGUGAGUGUGCGAAGACAUUGAAGAGAGUGCAGGCCUGUCUGUGUAAGUAUCCAUGAGAGUAGACUGGAGCUGUGAGUGUGCGAAGACAUUGAAGAGAGUACAGGCCUGUCUGUGUAAGUAUCCAUGAGAGUAGACUGGAGCUGUGAGUGUGCAAAGACAUUGAAGAGAGUGCAGGCCUGUCUGUGUAAGUAUCCAUGAGAGUAGACUGGAGCUGUGAGUGUGCGAAGACAUUGAAGAGAGUGCAGGCCUGUCUGUGUAAGUAUCCAUGAGAGUAGACUGGAGCUGUGAGUGUGCGAAGACAUUGAAGAGAGUGCAGGCCUGUCUGUGUAAGUAUCCAUGAGAGUAGACUGGAGCUGUGAGUGUGCGAAGACAUUGAAGAGAGUGCAGGCCUGUCUGUGUAAGUAUCCAUGAGAGUAGACUGGAGCUGUGAGUGUGCGAAGACAUUGAAGAGAGUGCAGGCCUGUCUGUGUAAGUAUCCAUGAGAGUAGACUGGAGCUGUGAGUGUGCGAAGACAUUGAAGAGAGUGCAGGCCUGUCUGUGUAAGUAUCCAUGAGAGUAGACUGGAGCUGUGAGUGUGCGAAGACAUUGAAGAGAGUGCAGGCCUGUCUAUGUAAGUAUCCUAUUCUUCGUUUGCCUGAUUUUUCUCUACCGUUCUAUCUCCAGACUGAUGCCUCAGACAAAGGGAUCUCUGGCAUUCUUAGCCAGUGUGUGAAUGGUAUGUUGCAUCCUAUAAAAUUUGUGAGCCGUAAGUUGUUGCCUCGGGAGCAGAAGUAUUCUAUCAUUGAACGGGAAGGAUUGGCCAUUGUAUAUGCAAUAAAAAAAUUGGACAGGUAUCUGGCCGGAAAAAAAUUUCAUCUCCAGACUGACCACAAGGCUUUAUCUUACCUUAGGAGCACUAACUUUACCAAUGCACGUAUUACAAGAUGGGCGCUGAUGUUGCAGGAUUAUUCCUUUGAUGUUGUUCAUGCCAAAGGGGAGGACAAUCUGCUUGCUGAUCUGUGUUCAAGAUUACUAUAGACUUUCAAAUACGCAGCUACAUGAGCUACAUACUUAUGUAUUGUUUUUAUACAUGUCUUAUGCAUUUUAUGGUUCCAAUGUAUACAUUGUUGUUUGAAAAUGUUUGCACUUUAUGUUAGAUGAUAUUAUGUUGCAUUUAGUAUUAUUGACAUAAAUUUGCUGAUUAUGCAUUUUAAAUUUGAUUGGUUGGUAGAUUGUGAUUUUGUGAAUGGUUCAUAGUGUCAUGUGGAUACUUUGGUAAAAAGUGUCAUUGGUAAUUUUUCUUCUAAGUUGUUAUGUUUGGAAGAGUGAUGUUAAUGCGGAUGAAUGUUCCCUAGCUGGAUGUGCUUACCUUGUAGCUGCAAUGAUAUCUUCUUACUUUUCUUUCAGUUUGAGGUACGGAAACUGGUCCAUACUUUGUAAGAACCAGUUUGGGGGGAGAGGGGGAAUGUCGGUGCGUAGAUUAUGGCAUUCUAGCACCAAUGUGUAUUAAGUGCACUAUUUUUGAACGCACUUUCUUUUUGUUGCCUUGCUUGUAAGUUAAUGGAGUGUUUUUGUUCUGCUGGUGUAACGUUUGUUGAGAUUCUUCUGUGUUCCCCUGUUUAGGGGAGUUAGCUUGGGAUUGGAAGUCUACGCUGGUGACUAAAGACAGCAGUGUCAGAGUGUGUUGUGUUUCGAACAUUAAUGUGUACGUUGUGGGACAGCAAGGGGUAGAAUUAUUAUUUAAUUAAUAAAUUCACAGUAUUAAAAUGUUCCAAAUUCAAUGUCAUUACUCCAUUAGUUUGUCAUCAUACUUAUAUUUAUAUCAUUAAAUAUUUACAUUGUUA